AUGGGUGGUGACGAGUUCACUGGGACGAUCCCAAGUGAUAUUGUUAAUAUGCGUAAGUUAGAGAAUUUACUUUUAAAUGAUAACCGACUCUCUGGAACGUUACCAAGUAACCUUGGAAACUUAACGAUGAUAAGUAUACUGUCUUUAGCAAAUAAUAGGUUGCAAGGAACUAUACCCUCAAGUAUUGGAAAUUGCCAAAAUUUGCUGGCAUUAAAUCUCGCUCAAAACAAUCUUAGUGGUACUAUUCCAAAGCAACUCUUUGCAAUUUCCAUGCUGUCAAUUUCACUUAGUUUAGCUCAAAACUUUUUUGUUGGAUCUUUACCAUCAGAGGUUGGCAAUCUUGUCCAUUUAGUUGAUUUGGACAUAUCUGAGAACAAGUUGUAUGGUGAAAUUCCAAGCAGCCUAGGCUCUUGCACUGGCCUUGAGCACCUUAACAUGGAGGGAAAUUACUUUCAAGGUGAGAUUCCAACAUCCUUGAGUUCUUUGAGAAGUAUUGAAGGUAUGGAUCUUUCUAGAAACAACUUGUCUGGUCAAAUUCCAAAUUUCUUGGAGAAGCUUAGCCUAAGGUUCCUGAAUUUAUCCUUCAAUGAUUUUCAAGGAAAGGUUCCAGCAAAAGGAGUUUUCUCAAAUGCUACAGCAAUAUCAGUUGUUGGAAAUAGUAGGGUUUGUGGGGGAAAUUCAGAACUCAAGUUGCCUAGGUGCUUAACUAAACAAGUGAAGAAAAGGAAGUGGUCUUUUGCACUCACAAUGGUAAUUACAGUCGCAUGUGUUCUUCUUGUAGUAACUACAAUGUCAUAUUUCUUAUUUUAUUGGCGCAAAAAUAAAAGAAAGAAUAACUCUUUAGAAUCUUCAUUGGGAAAAUCACUUUUGAAAGUUUCUUACCAAACUCUCCAUAAAGCAACUAAUGGGUUCUCUUUAGCAAAUUUGAUUGGUGUUGGUAGUUUUGGCUUAGUGUAUAAAGGCAUCCUUGGUGAGGAGGGAUCAAUUGUUGCAGUCAAGGUACUUAAUCUUCAGCGUCAAGGAGCUGCUAGGAGCUUCAUCUCUGAGUGUGAAGCUUGGAAAAAUAUUCGUCAUCGAAAUCUUGUUAAGAUCAUAACUUCUUGCUCAAGCAUAGAUUUUAACGGCAAUGAUUUUAAGGCUCUAGUUUAUGAGUUCAUGCCCAAUGGAAGUCUAGAAAAUUGGCUGCAUAUGGAUUUGGAAAUGGAUGUUGAGGAAGUAGAGAUACAAAAUUUGAACCUUGUUCAAAGAAUAAGCAUUGCCACUGAUGUUGCCUGUGCACUUGAUUACCUACAUCACCGCUGCCCAAUGCCGAUUGUUCACUGUGAUCUAAAGCCAAGUAACAUUCUUUUUGAUUGUGAUAUGAAUGCACGUGUUGGAGAUUUUGGGAUUGCAAAAUUUCUUUUUGAACUCACAAAUUCUAAACAAAGUAGCUCAAUUGGAAUAAGAGGAACAAUUGGGUACACUCCUCCAGAAUACGGUCUAGGAAGUGAGGUGUCAACCAAAGGAGAUGUGUACAGUUAUGGAAUCAUGUUGUUAGAGGUGAUAACGGGAAAGAGACCCACAAAUAGUAUGUUUGAAGGAGGCUUUAACCUUCACAACUAUGCUAGCAUGGCCUUGCCUGACCAUGUAAUGGAGAUUAUAGACCCAAAACUUUUAAACAAUGUUGAUGAAAAAGAGGAGUGUUUAAUAUCCUUGGUCAAGAUCGGAGAUGCAUGCACUAUGGAGUUGCCACAAGAACGAUGGGACAUUAGCAAGGCCUUGUCUGAGCUACAUUUGGUCAAGGACAUUCUUCAUGGUGGUAGGAUUUAG